UUUUUUUGUGCUUUCUGCUUCAUUUCAUAUGAAAUUCAUUUAUUUCCUAAAGAGUUUUGCAUAAAAAUUGUGUGUAUUAUUGAAAUUGAAACAAAUUGAUGUCUAUAUAUUACGUGUAACAAUUGAUUGUGGUCAUUUUGGCAAUCAUUUGAAAGAAACCAAAAAAGAUGUUUAAUUUUUUCAAAGAAAAAGAAAAAACUCAAAUUGGGAAAAAUGUAGAAAGUUCUGUAAGUAGUGCAUGGGAUCUGAUACAUUCGGCAAAUGGUAAAUUUAGAAGUUUUGUGCUAAAUUAUGACUGGCUGGUCUAUACCAUUUUGGGAGUUCUCUUGGCAAGUUGUGUAAUUUAUUAUUUCUAUGAUCACAAGCGUAUCAGUGAAACAAGAAGAAGACGCCAGGAACUGCAAUUGGCAAGUCAAAGAAAUUCUCAACAACGACGUCCAGGUGCUAGUUUUCGGGACCACGAAAUAUUUCAAAAUGCAAUGCAAACCACCCGUAAUAUAGUUGAUCGGGAAUGUCGAGCCAGGAAUAAUACUCCAUCGAAUUCAUAUGUCUUGAGACACACACGAAGUGGCCGAAUAUAUGGUGAUUAUUAUGAGGCGGAGUAAAAAAUAGAUGAGCAAAUAAAUCGGGUGUCUGACACAAUUUCAAAUCGUAUGUUUCAAGUGAAGUAAGGCUAUAUUAUAUUCACGAAACUAAAUUCAGAUGGAAAAUAAAUAUUGCAGUGAAAUGAUAAAUUCGGCAGAUGUUCAAAAAAGUUGUGUCUAAAAUAACCCGAGAGUUGGGCUUUCUAUAGGCCUACAGGUCCUUGUUUGUUUAGAAAAUCAAUAAAAUGUGUUCUAUGCCUAAAAUAAA